AUGCCUCGAAGAUGCGCUGUCUUGCCUUGUCGCUCGGGUGUGCGCCCUGUCUUGAGCUCAUCAGAAGGCAUUUGGGUCACAAAUGCUAUGCUAGCACGAGCUAUUGACCGAUUCCACCAUGUUUAUUCAGUUCCCCGCCGAAGCUUGAGUGGUUGCCCAGGUCCGCUUGAAAGUCGACGUCGUAUGGGCAAGCGGCACAUGACCGCGGUUUUCCCUGACUCUCAUGCGUCACCUCUUCCAUGGACAUUUCCUUGGACAAUCGAGUUGCCCAAUAGCCUUGGAAACUGGAGCUGGGAGGCUCCCGUUCCGCGAGAAAGUCGCCAUAAGAAGACAAUUGGUUUGGUUGAACGCUUUCUCAGAAACCUCGAAGGCAUACAAAGCGAAGACGAUGCCACGCUAUUACAACAGACGGCAGCCGUUACUCCCGUGGGACAAGCGCUUCUGAAGCUCAACAAACACCUCGCAUUGUUGCCCGAACUCGAUGACGCAACAGUAGUUUUCAAAGCAUGCGAAUCCUAUGUUCUCGACAUUUUGGCCAUGAUCGCCGAAAAAUCGGUUUCCUCUGACGAUCUUCUCCUAACUCUCGACCCGUUCGACGACAACAUCAGGCGACGAGCAUCGGCCGAAGUUCUUGACAACGUUCUUUCGAGACAAUGGAUCUACAUCAUCCAUUGCAUUUACGACACCCGGGAUAGUGGAGCGCGGGACAUUUACGGCGGAGAGGUAUGGCAUCAGUGCUUUAAAGCAGUGUUUCGAAUGACUCCCCAACCAUUGGUGUUCGAUUUCAUGGACGAACUAUUACGACUCACACGACUAUAUCCGAAGAUAACCUUGGAGUUCAACGACUACUAUGAUUUGAUGCGAAGCCACCUUCUAUUGGAAGCGUCCCAGAGCAAGCAGCACCCGGUUUCGCAGCCUAUAUCAACACAUCUUUUGCGCAGGAACAUUUAUCUCUCUCGGAUGUUUGUCUUGGAGAAUCCGACGCCCAUCAUCACAUACCAGCAAGCUUGCCAAGCUUGGAUAGAGACGGGCAAAGACGACAUCGAGCGGCGCACAAUUACUUUUCACAUGUUGCUGAAACUGGCGAGUACUCCCGGUCUUGACUCAAAGCAUUUCACCAUAUUAGUCAAUGAUCUUGGCGCUACGCAAGGUUGGACAGAAACAGAAGUGUGGCAAUUCUUAGCACUCCACCUUAUGAGAGCAAGUCGAUGGAAGCUACCCCCAGAGUAUUUGAUGCGAUGGUUGGAAAUGCCCACAAUUCUGCACUCUUGGGCUGCCUUGAUCACGUCUGCUUUCCAUCGCCAGACUCGGAAACGCAAAGUCAACUUCAGCACAUUGCUAUCCGCCAGCGAUGUCUUUGGUCACCUUGACACAUUAAUGAAGGCAGUUCGACUAAUGAACGAUCACAAAAUGACUGUGACGCAAAUGAUUGGGCGGGAGCGAAACCCUGCUUUUGCUCUUACCAUCUGGGAAGCUUAUAAUGAAGGUAUGGAAACGCCGGAUAAGUUGCCUUGGUAUGUGUGGGUGCGACAUGCCGAAUUCCUCAUAACAGAUCCCGCUAUACCGGUCGCCGUCAUUUGGAGGAUCGCCGAAUUCGACCCCAGCAAGGUCGCCAUCAAGUUGAAGCGCGCUAAGAAAUGGGACAUCGUAUAUUCGAUGGACUUUCUGGCUGUGAUAGGACGACUGUACUUGAAGAAGCCCGACCUGACAACACGAACGCGCCUAAGAUAUAUCGAGCAGGCUAUCAAUUUAGGUAAAGCUUCCCGGCAACCUAUGUCGCAAUCUUUGAUACGACUGUAUUCCGAGCUUCAACUUAAGGAUCUUGAAAUGGGCAACUUGGGCCGCAGAGCGCGCCUUCGAUACCUAGUCAGCAAGAUCGAGGAGUUCUACGGAAAGGAUCAGGCGAAGCAAGUUGCAAUCUCACUCGAAGGGUGGACUCAUUCCAACAAAACCCGAGGAACACUGCGGGUGCCAAUCAAAGCUCAGAUUGUCGAAGCUCAAAGUGUGGAAGCUCAGAGUGUGGGAACACAAGAGGUGGAGGACGAGAAGGAGGGUGAGAGCUUGGAGAUGGAAAUGAAAGCUCAACGUCGGGAAGCAAAAGUAUCCACCACAGGGAACACAACAUUUUAG